AUGAACGGCGACGAUCAGAGGCCGGGGGGAAUCACCCCGUUGAUACUCGGCGUAGGAGCCACGGCGGGAACCCAAGACAAACCAGUCAUCUGCCAAGCAAGCGGAAUGCGGGUAGGAGACUUUCUGCCCCGACGGUGCUACCUGAUUCCGGACGACGAAGGUUUCACGCACCUCCGCGCGGACCGGUUAGGGCGAGCUGUAACCUUCGUAGCCGCGUUGAGACAAGGAGAGAAACCCCUGCCUCUAGCUCUCGUGCGAGCCUUUAGUCCUAGCAAGGACUGCCUCUGCCAACGCCCAGACUGCUUCCUAGCUACUUUCGCCGAAGAAAGGAAGGCAGAGUUUCGCCAAUGCAGUAAAUGCAAGUACCGGAAAUCGGACAGGAGCCGCGCAAGGUGGUAUCCCAUGGAUGCUGCAGGAGAUCAUGUCGCGGAGGGUAAUGCGAUGGUGCGUGAUGGUGAUUGGUGGUGGGGCCGUUGCUACCAGAGCUGGUUGAACGGCAUGAAGAGAGACGACAAACCGACAGAGCAACCAGCGAACAGGCCAUGUAAGUCGGGGGAAGAGGCGCCGACGCUUCUAGAGCCUUUGAGCACGGUGCGCAGGAUGGUGGAUGAUGUCCUCGGUCGAGGUGACAUCCUUUGCUGGCAGGACGUCGCCCGUUGGCUAGCUGCUGAACGCGCGAAGGUUGGCAUGGAGGAGAUAACGGGGAAGUACACACGACAACUCGUCCUAGACUUGUUUACCGGGAUGGACGCAGACCCCGGGAGCAAAUCACGAUUGGUCCGAGCCAACGGAGCGCAAGGAGACGCACGCGAGCGGGAACUCUUCCUCUCCCCAAACACCCUUGGGGACAAGCAUCUCGUUGACUUGAUGCUGCGUGCUCGACAUAGUGCACCCGCACAGCCACCAUCCAACCAGCUAGCUGAUAAGGGUGGGUCUCUCGAGUCGAUUCUGAAGGAAGUCGAGAAGGACACGGAGGACGCAGACGCACGGAUGUCCGUCGUGCGGGCAGCUGGUAGAAUUGUUCGAGCCGACGUGGAGAGUGACCCUGCCCUGAAGAACGCCACCGGCACACGCGAGGAGUAUCGCUACGCCGAUGAGUUGGACAUGAAAGUGAAGCCACCCAGAGAGACUCUACUAUCCGCGUUUCCGCCGUCCUUGGUUGGGUUGUACCAAAGCAUGACAGACAUGGCACUGUAUCGCGAGAUCAUCGCAUCAGAGACCGAACAUCCUGGAGAGCCCUGAGUAUGGCAGACCGAAGGGCGAG